AUGUCAAUGUUACUAACAAUUUUACUAUCCAUUACAGUGAUAACCCUUCUAGUUCUAUUUAAAAGUGAAUUCAAAAAAGUGCGGUUUUAUAUCAAAUUUUAUUUCUAUUAUGUCACUCUUAGUAUAGUACCCUUAAUAAUUAUGCCUUACCUAUUGAUGAAACCGAAGCAUCACAGCAAUGGACCAAUAACCUCUAGAUAUAUGAGAGAUAUUGCCAAUUUCGUAUACGGUUGGGAAUGGCAAAUACGCAAUAAAGAGAUAUUGAUGGAAGAUAGAGGAGCCGUCAUCAUUAGCAAUCACCAGUCCGUUUUUGAUUCAACUGGUAUCAACAAUGUAUGGGUUGUGGCUAAGAAAAUAUUAUUGAUUGCGAAAAAAGAACUUCUACUUUACUCGGGUCCACUUGGCCUGGCGAUGUAUCUGUGUGGCACAAUAUUUAUUAAUAGAAAGAACCAGAAAGAGGCCUAUCAGAAAUUAGAACUUACGAAGCAGUUGAUGAUCCAAGAGAAUUACAAAACAUGGAUAUUUCCAGAAGGCACGAGGAAUAUGAAAUACGAUGGCAAGUUGUUACCAUUCAAGAAGGGCGCGUUCAAUUUGGCUGUGACUGCUCAAGUGCCGAUCAUACCUGUUGUAUAUUCACCAUACUAUUUCUUUGACAAAGAUAAAUACAUUUUCGAUAAAGGUCGCCUCAUACUGCAAUGUCUGGAGCCGGUGCCAACAGUGGGACUUACAAUGGACGACGUGCCGGCCCUCACCGAGCGCUUGCACCAGAUCAUAUCUCGGACUUACGAACAACUGUCCAAAGAAGUUCUGUCGGACUCAAGAGGCAAGUGA